AUGUCAAAGAUAGAAAUCGAACUGAGUACUCCGCAACCCGGGGCCGGUCCAGUCGAAAGAAGCGGUGCCGAGAGCAGCUCCGCCUCGGUCCGUGAAGUGGCUUUCAACAACGAUGCGUCCACGGAUCAUCUCACCCUCGAGCGGGAAGCCGUGUCCCUUCCGCCCAUGGACGGCGGCAAGGAUGCGUGGCUUUUCCUAGCAGCUGUCUUCGUUGUCGAGGCUCUUGUUUGGGGGUUCCCGUACGCCUUUGGCGUCUUUCAGAGCUACUACAGUACGCAUGAACCCUUUGCAGGCGCCAGCAACAUUCCAGUCAUUGGCACAUGUGCAAUGGGUAUCAUGUACCUUGAUGGUCCCAUUGCCAUAGGCCUCCUUCAACUAUUCCCUCGAUACGCCCGCUGGGGACCCCUCGUUGGACUCCUAAUCAUGUGCCUGUCCCUUUCCCUGAGCUCCCUCUCCUCUACUGUAACCCACCUCAUCGCCACCCAAGGCAUCUUCUACGCCAUAGGCGGCUCCAUAGCCUACUGUCCCUGCCUCAUCUACACUGACGAGUGGUUCGCCCGCCGGAAAGGUCUCGCCUACGGCAUCAUGUGGUCCGGCACCGGCCUCGGUGGCAUCCUCAUCCCCUUCUUCCUCGAAUUCCUCCUCAACAAGUACGGCUUCCGCACAACCCUCCGCGCCUGGGCCGGCAUCCUGUUCGUCCUAACCGCCCCGCUGUGCUACUUCAUCAAGCCCCGUCUCCCCAUCGCGCACCGGACCCACUCCCGCCGUCCCAACCUCAAUUUCCUCCGCUCGCGCGUCUUCCUGCUGCAUCAGCUCGCCAACAUCAUCGAGGCGUCCGGAUUCUUCCUGCCGGGUAUCUUCCUGCCUUCCUUUGCCCAGUCUUUCCUCGGGGCCUCUUCUUUCCUCUCCGCACUCACCAUCAUGCUCGUAAACACCGCCGCCGUCUUCGGUUGCGUCGCCAUGGGUUUCUUGACGGAUAGAUUCCACGUGACGACCUGCAUCCUCGUGUCUACGAUAGGCGCCACGAUCGGCGUCCUCGUAAUCUGGGGAUUAUCCACGUCUCUCCCCGUCCUCUACGUCUUCUGCCUCAUCUACGGCUUCUUCGCCGGCUCCUUCACCUCGACGUGGCCUGGCGUCGUGAAACAGGUUGUCCAAACCGAAGACCGCGCCGGUCGCGGCGUCGACCGAUCCAUGAUCAUCGGCUGCCUGGCUUCCGGUCGUGGGAUAGGGAACGUCAUAUCGGGCCCGCUGAGCGAGGUCCUCAUCAAGGGACAUCCGUGGCGCGGCCAGGUCGGCAGCGCGUAUGGAAGCGGGCAUGGCACUCUCAUUGUCUUCACGGGUGUGACGGCUUUGCUGGGUGGCACUACGGUGUUGUGGAGACGCUUUGGGUGGCUCGGUUGA